UUUUGCCAAACACUUUGUAUUACUUUUUUAUAACUUUGUGAAUAAAAAGUUAUAUAUAUUUAGUAUAAGUUAUAAAAUAAAAUACAAACUCUUAAUAAAGAAAAAUGACAAGAGUUUGGUCGCUGUCCACCAAUGAUGAGACACAGGAAAAUCAGUUACGAAUUGUUUGGAAAAACAAUUCAAAACUCUUAAGCUUUGACAGUGGCUACGAGUCAUCACUGAACAGCCAGUCCAUCGGCUCUGACAUCAAUGAUGAUGAUGUCUACGAGGAUGAAGAAGCUCUGGAUUUUGAUCACAACAACUUUGACGAUGCCUUCGACGACGAGAUCACAGAUGUAAACACCAUUGAAGACAACAGUAACCGAUGUCAGCAAUCGACACAUGUAGUCAACACUACAUCAUCACAUGUUGUCUCACCAAUGCGUGCACAGAGCUCUCCGAUACCGAUCCCACAGAACCCGUACCGAAGAUACAGAAAGAGAUCAACCAAUCGUCCAAAGAGUAGAUUAUCAGUUGAUUCAGGUUUUGAUAUCACUCCGUUGUCGUCGACAAUCACGCCAUCAAUUUGUGUCAUCGAUUCAGUUGACUAUCGGAUCGGUCAUCCGCCCUAUGAUUGCGGUUGUAUUCGCGGUUAUUAUCAACAGAGACACCUAAUUGUCGAUAAUACCGAUGCAAACAACUCGCCACACAUGCCUACACUACAAUCAGGUAAUUCAUCAGUGUCACCAGCAUCACAGUCAUCAUCAUUAUUACAUAAUGUCAUGUUAUGUAAUAAUAAUCAUAAUAUUAAUAAUCAAAGUACGAGUAGUAGUAGUCAUCUGGAGUCUGAUGUCUGCAAAAAACUCUAUCCAUUGCCUGAUAUAAUCAGUUCAUCGCAGAGCAGAGCCUUAAUGAAUGAAAUCAUACGAGAAAUUGGUUCAGACCUCAGGAGAGUCAGCAAUGAUUUUAUCACAACAUCAACACUAAACACAAAUAAGGAGAGAUCAAUGUUAUCGGCCGUCACUACUCGUUUGAUAACAUCACUGGCGAUACCAUUGAUUUUACGAGAAGUAGUUUCACAACUAUUUUAAAAGAGAAAGAGAGUGUUUGAAACCCUGAACUCCGAUAAUACAGAUAAUGUAAAUAAUAUUAUAUAAUAUUGACAUAU